GGAAAUUUUAAAAUAACAAAGUUCGAAUGUUUAUGCCAUUUAAGUGUCAAAGCCAUAUAUUUUUAAUCCAAUUAUACUGUAUUUUUAAGCAGAAUAAUGUCCCAUCAAGAAAAUUGGAAAACUCUGACAUUCCGCCAAAGUGUGGUCAAUAAAUUUGAUCACGAACUUCGCUGUCUGAUAUCGCCAGUGGAGCUAAGUGGCAAAGAAAUCGAAAAUCAAAUAUUUGAUAGAUCUGGAAGUCAAAUAGACUAUUUGGGGUUGAUUUCCAAAAUAAUGAUACUGAUAAGAACCAAGAGAAUGACUAAGAACGAAGAUAUACGAGACGAAAUAAUUGAACGGAUUCAAACACAGAAAGUUCCAAAAUUGUUAAAAGUAAUGCCUUUAUCUGAAGUGGCGGAGCUAGAAUCUGCGUUUGAAACGAGAGUGCAUCAAUCACUGGCUGAUAUAAUGGAAGAAGAUAAUUAA